AGGGCGGGGCCUCUCGGGGCCGAGCUCCGCCCCCGCCCCUAUAAAUACUGCUUCCCGGGCUCUUUGUGGGGCCGAGAGCUCAGUGGAGAGCUGGGAGUUGUGUCCGCCUCGCCGACGCCGCUGGCCGUGGGGCUGUCCUGGGAAGGCGGACGGCGAACGCCCGGUGCCCGCACUCGGCCGCCUGCCGUGCCCGUCUGCGCCCGUGUCAUCCUCGCUCAGGACGCAGGGACAGCUUUUAAAUCACAGGGGCGUGGGUCAGCCUCCCCUAGGACUUCAUGUCUAUAUAUUUCCCCAUUCACUGCCCUGACUAUCUGAGAUCGGCUGAGAUGACUGAGGUGAUGAUGAACAGCCCCCCCAUGGAGGAGAUCGGCCUCAGCCCCCGAAAGGAUGGCCUUUCCUACCAGAUCUUUCCAGACCCAUCAGACUUUGACCGCUGCUGCAAACUGAAGGACCGCCUGCCUUCCAUAGUGGUGGAGCCCACGGAAGGGGAGGUGGAGAGCGGGGAGCUCCGGUGGCCCCCGGAGGAGUUCUUGGUCCAGGAGGAUGAGCAAGACAACUGCGAAGAGACAGCGAAAGAAAAUAAAGAGCAGUAGAGUCCCCGUGGGCUCCCAUGGGUCAUACCAGCGAGCAUCUGUUCCUGAACUGUUUUUCCCAUCAUGAUGGAAGAAGAGAGUGAACCACAGUCAUUCUGAAAAUGUCAAACGAGGCUUCCGUUUUGCACCUGCAAAUCACCGAGUUGGUUUUCUUUUCUUGUCUUAUCUUUUAUUUUGAAAUUUGCCGAGCAGUGGAGCCCUCUGACAAUUUGCAAGGCCUUCUAGAAAGGAAGCAGCUUAGAACCAGGGGGUUGGGCUUGAGGGGGAGUGAGUGCUGUUUUUGAGAUCAUUAUCUGAACUCUGGCAGCCCAGUUAGAGGCAGUGGUGGGAUUCCAGUGGGUCUUGGGGGGUGGGAGGUGGGGCAUGUGCAAAGCAAGCAAGGAACAUUUGGGGUAAGAAAACAAACAUGUGGUAAAAGAAGAAAACACAUGUUUUUAGGAAAACAUUGAGCAGAGAACUGCAGCCAGGAUGCGCUCAGCAAACAUUCACUCCGGCUGCCGGGGCGUCAGAAAACAAAGUCUUCAUCUCUCUAUCCGGUUUCACCCAGCCCACCCUUUGCUUUCAUUUCAGGAGUGUUGGUCUAUGACAGGGAGGAGAGGAAAGGAGAGCAGGAGCAAUUGGCUGUUGCAAAGCCAGCUAGAGGUGAUGUGCAGGAAAGAAAGGUCACCCCACCCUUCUCCAUGGCCUCUCUUCUCCCAGCUGUGGUAGGCUCACAAAGCCAAGGUGAUCGGUUUCUAAGAGGCAGUGCUUUUCAGCUUUUCUCCCUGAUCUAGCCAUGUUGCUUCCCAGCACUUUUAGGAGUAGUGAGAGCAUUUCUUGCCCUUGUUGGAUACCCCGGGGUGGACACUUGGCAUGAAGGUCUCUCCCUCAACUGCUGCCCUCCCAAGAUGAAGUGGUGUGCCCUCCCUGGCUGGCCCUUCCUCCUCCUCACCGCCACCUUCCCUGCCCCAGCCACAGCAGCCAUGGACACAUAGGUCCCCAGCUCAGCUGUGGAUUUCCGCCAGGCUGCCCAGCUGCCGUACUCAUGCCCAUGGGGGCUCUUGGUCUGUUUUUCUUGUGGGUGCCAAGUGGAGAGCAGAUGUGGCUUUUUCUGUGUCUUGUUGGGGAGGUGAGCUUUCAUGAAGGUCCCAAGAGCUGGCACACCCAUGCCAAAAAUAAUUCCCAAUAAUUCUUGGGAAUUAUUGCAUGGUGGGGGCAAGGCUCUCGUGGCAGCCUUGGGAUGAAGUUUGAGACUAAAGGAUGUCACGAGAUCCCUGGCUUCUCCCCAUGUUGUUCCUGGGCAAGAGCGGAAGGGAGGCAUAGCAAGGGACCUCUGCUGCUCUUACUCAGUGGUGGUCCUCAUCCCUCCCCACCGCCCACCCACUUCCUGCAAGGGCACCACUCGUAUGAGAAAGUUGGCCUUUGGACUUAGCGUUUCUUAUCGUAGCUAAGAGCCGUCUGGAGUAGUAGGUCGCAGGACAAAUGCUUCAGUCCACCCGAGAGCAGUACUGUGUGGCCCAGGGGUGGACCGAGAGCCUUCCUUGAGCUGAACUUGGCCAACCAAGGCACGCAGCAUGUCCCCUCAGGUCUCCAGUCAGUCUAGGCUGACCCUCGGUUCUGGACUUGUGUAUAUAGCUGUAUUUAAUACCUCAAGGUCAUUGUGGCUCUGGGGAUGCCAGGGCAGGAGGAUGAGGGCGUGCUGUGGACGCAGCAGUCUGCGGAAUUCAGAUCUGGGAAGCCGAUGGUCGCCCGCACCCCCUGCUUCCUCCCUCUGUCGUCUGCCUGUGUGACACACAUUGAUGGCAAUAACUUCUUCCAACUCCUCACAGAAGUGGGAGAGGCCUGCAGCCUGCACCAAGAGGGGCUUUCUCUCUCUCUUGCUCUCCGCUUCGUUCUGUUUUGGCUGCAGAGAGUGGUUCACCCAUACUCUCAUUCCCUCACCUCCUUUGUGGACGGGGGUCUUGCCUUUUCAAGUCCUGUGUUUUGGUGUCUUCCCUCAUCUGCUACCCUGAAUCACCUGUCGCGGUCUUGCUGUGUGAUGGGAACGUGCUUGUAAACUGCGUAACAAAUCUACUUUGUGUAUGUGUCUGUUUUGGGGGGUGGUUUAUUACUUUUGCCGGUCCCUAGAUCACUUUGUAUGACUGUUUGCAGUCUGAGCAGGCCAGGGGCUGACCGCUAACGUCAGGACCCUCAGUGGUGGAGCCUGCUGGGGGGACCCACCUGCUCUUGGACAAGUGGCUGAGCUCCUAUCUGGCCUCCUCUUUUUUUUUUUUUUUUUUUUUUUUUUUUUUAGUAAUUUGUGUGUAUUUCUAACUGAUUGUAUUGAAAAAAUUCCUAGUAUUUCAGUAAAAAUGCCUGUUGUGAGAUGAACCUCCUGUAACUUCUAUCUGUUCUUUUUUGAGGCUCAGGGAGAAACUAGCAUUUUUUUUUCCAAACUACUUUUUGUCACUGUGACAGUUGUAAAUAAAGUUUGAAAAUGCUUUCCA